CGUAGCAAUAAUUUACCUUGAGCUUUACUUUUUAUACUGUAAUCGAACACGUUUACAUAGAAGAGGCGAAGACUACCGUGUCUAGUGAAUAAAAUGUGUUUAAACCACGCCCGGCUUGGAUGGUGAGCCAAUGGGGCCGGGUGCCGGCGAGGGAGUCGGCGCAGGACCCGCCUUGCCACCGCGGCCGACUUAGUUGACAUGAAACAAUCGCGAGGCGCGGUCGCGUUCCCGACCCACCACCACACAACAACUGUACUCCAGGGUGCUCUACCAUACAUCCGUCAGUGUUUGCGGUACCCCAGUGGGUCUGAAAUGACUUAAAAGAUGAACGAAGGCAGCCAAAUUCAUAGUUAAUGUUUGUUUUUUUUUUUUAUUUAUGAGUGAACAUUUGAAGAAAAUCAACAAAGUGUUGGGUGUAAAGGUGGAAAUGAAGACGGAGCACCGCACUUGCUGCGCGUGCGGGGAGCCCAUCGCGGACCGAUUCCUGCUGGAGGUGGGCGGCGGCGCGUGGCACACGGCCUGCCUGCGCUGCUGCGUGUGCGCCGUGCAGCUCGACCGCCACCCCUCCUGCUUCCUGCGCGACCGCCAGGUCUACUGCAAGCAGGAUUACGCCAAGAGUUUCGGCGCGAAGUGCUCCAAGUGCUGCCGGGGCAUCUCGUCGUCGGACUGGGUGCGCAAGGCACGCGAGCAGGUGUACCACCUGGCAUGUUUCGCGUGUGACGCCUGCGGCCGCCAGCUCUCCACCGGCGAGCAGUUCGCGCUGCACGAGGACCGCGUGCUCUGCAAGCCGCACUACCUCGAGACACUCGACGGCGGCUCCAUCUCUUCGGACGAUGGUUGCGACUCUGAAGGUUAUCACAAAAGCAAAGCCAAGCGGGUACGAACGACUUUCACCGAAGAGCAACUGCAGGUUCUCCAGGCGAACUUCCAACUGGAUUCGAACCCUGACGGGCAGGACUUGGAGCGCAUCGCGCAGGUGACGGGGCUCAGCAAGCGCGUCACGCAAGUCUGGUUCCAGAACAGCCGCGCGCGCCAAAAGAAGCAUCAGCACACUGGGAAAGGGAAACAAAACCAGCGUUGGUGUAUUUUGUCCGCAGUGAUGUCGCGGGACACGGAUCCGGUGGGGUUUGGCCGACCGAUCAACCUGCACCUCACCUACUCCUUCCAGAACAAGCCCCCUUUUGUCCCGAUAGACGGCACUUCGUUUACGGAUUCCUCGAUGGAUGAGCUCUCGGAAGAUUCGUCGAUCCAUUGCAUGCAGAGUGAAGUUUAAAAUUGAAACCAAUAGGUAUCUACUCGUAUAAAACGAGUAGGUAAUUUGUUUAGAGUCAGCAUUUACAGCUUUGGUUUCGAGAUUGUCUACUUUUGUGAGGGUAGAAGAUUAACAACCAAUACUAGAUAUUUAGAGAAUUAAUGUAAAUUAAUAGUAUUUAAGUCAAUGUAUAAAAUAAGGCCUAAUCAAAGUAACUAUUUCUAAAUUAUUGUAAAAAGUUAUAAUUAUUUAUUUAUUUAUUUUUAGUAACUGUGAUACUUACGUUUGCUGUCAAAACCUCUAUUGUUUGCCUUUGAAUUAAUAGCUCCUAGAAUAUAAUUUAUUUUUAACGUCUAAGUAUACGUACCUACAUAUAACCUUCAAAUUAUUAAAUUACUAGAAUUAGUACUUUUUCACUUCUACAAACUUAUGUAAAAUCUCCAAUAUUUGUGCCAAAACCUAAGUUUUGUCCAGUGAACAAUUUCAUAUACCUACCUAUA